AAAGUGGUAACUUAGAGCUUCUGUUGGGCUCCCAGGGACGGAUCAGGUUGUCGUAAAGUUCAGCUGUUUUCGGCUCGCACCAAAGCCAGUCCCCCGGCGUUAGCAGACUCGGUUCCCUUUUUUUUUUCUCCUGUCUCCUUCCACCAAUGCUUCUAGCUGGCAGGUGAGACUGGGAAGUCGGGACCAGAGCGGCACAAAUGGCAGGGCUGAGGUUCACCAAGGUGAGCUGGUGAGAGGGGCAAGAAGAAACAGCAGGUGACUGCCCCGUCACUCAUUCUGGAUGGAUUGGAAUGGGGAAAUUGGCCCGUAGCAUGAGCCCAUGGUACCUGGGAAGCAGCUGCUUCAUCCUUAGGGCACUUUUCCUCCUCUUCUUCUGCCGACAUGUGUCAUCCCAGUGUAAGAUCCUGCGAUGCAACUCCGAGUACGUGGCCGCCACUCUCAACCUACGUGGCUCCAACAAGAACGCGGCCUACUGCAACGCCCUGCGCUCCUACUCCCACUGCACUCGCAAGACGGCUCGCACCUGCCGGGGUGACCUGGCCUACCACUCCGCCGUCCAUGGCAUCGAGGACCUCAUGAUCCAAAACAACUGCUCCAAGGAAGGACCCACCUCGCCGCCCCGGCCUCGCCUGCCAGCCCCCAACCACCAGGGUUUCGAGUCUCUGGAUAUCUGCAACUACGAGAAGAAUUUCUUCCACAAGAAUGGCCGGGCCCCGGCUUAUCAGCACUGUGCAGCAUUCGGGGACCCUCACAUCAGGACUUUCCACGACGACUUCCACACCUGCCGGGUAGAGGGAUCCUGGCCUCUCCUGGACAAUAACUACCUGUUUGUGCAGGCAACGAGCUAUCCGGUGGCCAAGGGGUCCAAUGCCACUGUUACUAGCAAGCUCACCAUCAUCUUUAAGAACAUGAAGGAGUGCAUCGACCAGAAGGUUUACCAGGCUGAGAUAGACAACCUGCCUGCAGCCUUUGAGGAUGGCUCAGUGAAUGGUGGUGAGAGGCCUGGAGGGAGCAGCCUGACCAUCCAGGAGCGACUGCCUGGCCAGCACAUAGAGAUCCGUGCUGUCUAUAUUGGCACCACCAUCGCUGUGCGCCAGGCAGGCCGGCAGCUCUCAUUCUCCAUCCGCACAGCAGAGCAGGUGGCACGCUCCUUCACAGAGGAGCAGGACCUGCAGCUCUGCGUUGGCGGCUGCCCACCCAGCCAGCGCCUCUCCCGCAGCGAAUGUCGGCGUGGCAGUAUUGCUGUGGAGACAGCACGGGUGCUGUGCAAGGAAAAGUUGCCGGUGGAGGAUGUUUAUUUCCAGUCGUGUGUCUUUGACGUGGUGGCCUCAGGGGACAUCAACUUCACCUUGGCUGCACAUGGUGCUUUGGAGGAUGCCAGGGUGUUCCAUCCAGAUGCUGAGAAACUGCACAUCUUCCAGACCGGGGCAGGCUGCCAUCACCUCUCCUUACCCUUCCUCUUCCUCAGCAUCACGUCUAGCCUCUUGGCUAUUCAGCUGCACUUUUAACUCCCUGUCCAGCAUUCACCCAGCCUACAUAUAACACAAGGGGCCUAUUCUUCCAUCUCAGUGCGAUUGCCAGAGCAUUGCUGAUCCACGAAUCUAUAGGUGCUCUGUAACAAACAGGUGGUGGGACAGACGUCAGUCAAAAGGGAAUGGUGCCCCAGAAUCUGCCAUCCUUGAAGGGAUGUAUUCAGUGUAAGUGGAUGCUGGAUUGGUCAACGAUUCAGGUCUGUAGAAACGGCAUCAGAGAGAAGGGGCCUGGGGGUACCAGUUUGUUUCUCCUCGUGUUGAGGUCUGAAUUAGUUGAGUCAUACUCCUCCCCCAAACAAUUCCCUGCCAGGAGUUCCAGUAUAUUUUAUUUUUUGAUGCAAGUGAGGAAGUCACUGUCAUGUGAAGGGGAAAAAAAAUACCUGCAGUGUCACUGUCAGGCUAAUUGCAAGGCAUUGCAAGAUAUCAGUCCUUUACUUGCCUUGUUGUUUUUUGUAGGAAAAGCACCAAGAGGGUAACCAGAAUUACUUGAUCAAUGUAUGGGAUUUCUUGAACCACUGGAGCUAGUAGCAGAUGUUAUCUACUAUUUUUUCGUUUUAUGGA